UUUAUUUUCUGCGCAGAUGGAAUGAGUGAGCGGGACUGUCAGCUGCUUUGUGUGUGUGAGAGAGGGAGAGAGAACCCCGGACACUGUUACCUCGCUCUGCACAAAUCAGAAGGAAGCGGAAUAGAAAUCAGAAGUUUAUUUAUUCCUGCGCUAGCUGUUUACUUCAUUCGGGUCCGGGUUAAUUUCACCACAGAAGCUGGGGAUGAGAUGCAGUGGAGUUGGUGAGGAGCUGGGAGAUUGCAGAUUCAUUGGGAACGGAAUCCUUUAUUCAACAUCAGCAGACGCUGAGAAUCCCAGGAAGAGAGAGAGGUUUUCACACCGAGGGACCUGUUGGAUCUGCAGCCGGGGCUGAACCAUGUCAGAGAUGGUGCUGUCAGCGCUGCUGCUGCUAAUGUCUUACCUCGGAACCCAGUCAGCACCAGCCCCCAGUGAGGAGACAGUCCUGGGCAUUGAAUGGUUGACUAAGUUUGGCUACCUGGCUCCACUGGGUCCUGCUACUGAUCAACGUCAAACCCAAGAAGCAUUAACUAAGGCCAUUAAAGCCAUGCAGAGGUUUGGAGGCCUGGAAAUUAAUGGACUAUUAGAUCAAGCCACUGUGACACUAAUGAAGACACCUCGUUGCUCACUGCCUGAUAUUGUGGAACCAGAAAGUAUCAGGAGGAAAAGAUCUCUUCAACUCGGGACUAAAUGGAAGAAAAGAAAUAUAUCCUGGAGAGUCCGAACAUUUCCAACGGACAGCCGGUUGGGACAUGACACCAUUCGUGCUCUGAUGUAUUAUGCUCUGAAGGUCUGGAGUGACAUUGCACCACUCAAUUUCCAUGAGGUGGCGGGAGACAACGCAGACAUUCUGAUCGACUUCACAAAGUCACAACACAAUGACCAGUACCCCUUCGAUGGACCAGGGGGUGCCGUGGCUCACGCAUUCCUCCCCGGUGACGAACCAAUUGCAGGAGAUGUGCAUUUCGAUAACGAUGAGGCUUGGACCUUCCGGUCGUCAGAUCCCCAGGAGAUGGACCUGUUUGCAGUCGCUGUCCAUGAAUUUGGUCACGCCAUUGGACUGUCCCAUUCUUCAGUCAACGAAUCCAUCAUGAGACCUUAUUACCAGGGGCCUGUGGGUGAUCCCCUCCAAUACCAUCUUCCUUACGAUGACCGGCUCCGGAUCUGGCAAAUUUAUGGUGUCAGGGAGCUGCUGUUCCCCACCAGCCAAGUUCCACUGGAUAAUUCAUCCUGGAACCCAGUGUUGCCAAUUCCUGCAGACUCAUGGCCGACUGCUCCGUCUCGACCGGAUGUUCCUGACAGAUGUAACACUAACUUUGAUGCUGUGGCUCAGAUCAGGGGAGAAGCUUUCUUCUUUAAAGGGAGGUAUUUCUGGCGGCUGACCCGUAACAGACAUUUGGUCUCCUUGCAACCAGCAGAGAUCCAGCGGUUUUGGCGGGGGUUACCCAGCAACAUGGAAGGUGUGGACUCUGUCUAUGAGAGAACUGGAGACCAUAAAAUAGUAUUCUUCAAAGGUAAGAAAUUAACUUCUUCAGCUGGGGCUCAUAUCAAUGGGAAGAAAUUGCAACAAAUUGAACAAAUGAACAAAUUGAAGCAGGGAGGCGAUGCCCUAUCACUGGACUGUUGA